UCUCUCUCUCUCUCUCUCUCUCUAGUUUCCUCAAUUAGUGUCUCAAAGCUUUUCUUGCGAUCAACUACCAGACCCACUUCACAAAGAUCAUUCCCAACUAUUGAGAACUCACUGAGAAUAUUUAUCAAACACCCAGAGAAACAAAAUCGAUGUUAAAGGCGGCAACCACCACCUUCAUAGCCAUAGUCACCUCUUUCCUCUUCUUUUCAUCCCCACCAAAGUCUUUCUAUCACUCCCUAUUCAUAUCCGAUUCCCUAGCAGACAAUGCAUCAAUAUCACAACACCUCUACAUCCUCACUCGGCGGCCCCAUGUCGCUGGCACCCAAGCCAACGCUGAAGCCGCAGCUUAUGUUCUAUCCAUUCUUACUUCCUACAACAUCGGAUCACACAUAGCAUCCUAUGAUGUGUUGUUAUCAUACCCUGUAUCGCGUUCCUUAACACUAACGCGUCCACCACCAAACCCACCUAUUACUUUUGAUCUCCGCCAGGAAAUCUACGAUGGCGACCCAUACGCUGAUGUGGCUGAUGAAGUCAUGCCCACGUUCCAUGCAUAUGCAAAGUCAGGUACUGUAUCUGGACCUGUGCUAUAUGUCAAUUAUGGGCGAGUGGAGGACUAUAUGACACUGAAAGAAAUGGGAGUGAAUGUGACGAAUAAUGUUGUAUUGGCAAGGUAUGGGCAGAUAUACAGAGGGGACAUUGUAAGCAAUGCAUACGAGGCUGGUGCCACAGGAGUGAUAAUAUAUACAGAUAGGAAGGACUAUGGUGGCGGUGGUGGGGAUGCAAAGUGGUUUCCAGACGAUAAGUGGAUGCCGCCAAGCGGAGUACAAGUGGGAUCAGUGUUUACGGGGCCUGGUGACCCUACCACGCCUGGGUGGCCUAGUAGAGGGGCUUGUGAGAGGCUGUCAGAUAAAGAGGUGGUCAAAGGAGGGGAUGUGCCACUGAUACCUUCAUUGCCUGUAUCCGCAGCUGAUGGAGAGGCAAUCCUCGGCUCCAUUGCUGGACAAAUAGCAAAUGAUGAUUGGCAGGGAGGAAAAGAUGCCCCCGUUUACAGGGUUGGACCAGGGCCUGGGAUUGUAAAUCUCAGUUACACAGGAAAAGAAGUCAUAAGCACAAUCCAGAAUGUAAUUGGUGUUAUUGAGGGAGCAGAAGAACCUGAUCGAUUUGUCAUAUUGGGCAAUCAUCGGGAUGCAUGGACAUUUGGAGCUGUAGAUCCCAACAGUGGCACUGCAGCCCUGCUUGAGAUUGCACAAAGGUUGCAGAAGCUGCAGAAGAAAGGGUGGAAACCUCGACGAACAAUUGUCUUUUGCAAUUGGGAUGCUGAGGAGUAUGGCCUGGUAGGAUCCACAGAAUGGGUUGAAGAGAACAGGGAAAUACUAGCCUCAAGAGCAGUAGCUUACUUAAAUGUUGACUGUGCAGUUACUGGUGCAGGAUUUCAUGCAUCUGCAACUCCACAGCUUGAUGAACUAAUCAAACAAGCUACUCAACAGGUUCAAGACCCAGAUAACUCAUCGCAAACCAUCUUCGACUCAUGGGCUGCUUCUAGCAAUGGUCCUAUGAUUGGAAGGUUAGGAGGCGGAGGAUCAGAUUAUGCAUCUUUUGUGCAACAUGUUGGUGUUCCAGCAGCUGAUAUGUCUUUUGGAAAGGGUUACCCAGUCUACCACUCGAUGUAUGAUGACUUCAUCUGGAUGAAGAAAUUUGGUGACCCAAUGUUUCAUAGGCAUGUAGCAGGUUUGUUUUCAUAUUAUUUUAUCUGAUUAUAUAGAACACUUAUAUUCCCAUACAUCAAACAAUUGCAAAGGACCCACUAUUUGAUUGUUGGUUAUGGAUUUUGGAUUUUGGUAAGAUGUGUAAAGUGCAAGGCUUUCAUUAUGUAAAUUUCAAACAAUAACAACUCAAGCAAAACUGUUAAUUAUUGUCAAUGGCUUUUGUUUGCUUGAAAAAAUUUAGUGUCCAAGUGUAGGAGAAUAACCAGAGGAGUUCAACAUACACAACUAAACAAGUAGUCACAUUCAUCAAAUGAAUAAUAUGAUUAAGCCCAGUUGUAAAGGCUUACCUUUCAAUUUUUGCUCUACCAAAUGGUCAUUUGUUAUUUUAAAACAGCUGCAAGUAUUUGGGGUUUAGUAGCACUUCGUCUAGCAGAUGAGGAAUUUUUGCCUUUCAAUUAUCUCUCCUAUGCAUACGAGCUCCAGGUAUGUCUAUGGAAUUGGAAUACAAGAAAUAUUUAAUCUUGUUCUGUGUUUAGGGGAAAAUUGAAUGCAAUAGUACUUUAAAUCCUUGAAAACAGAAAAGCGCAGAAGACUUAAUAGGUGAAGUAUCAGACAAAGGCAUAAAUGUUUCUCCCUUAUUCAUGUCAAUUGAGGAGCUCAAAAAGGCAGCCUUAAAAAUAGACAAUGAAAUAAAGGUACUGCCUGAAUCUCUAUGAAUCACAAUUUUCAUACAGCCUUACUUUGUGAUCUAUGGGUAUGAUAGAAAAAAGAUCUUCAGGCAGAAAAUAAAGGGUGGGCAUCAGUGUGGAAAAACGACCCAUGGAAAGUGAGAGAAUUGAAUGACAGACUAAUGAUGGCAGAACGAGCAUUCACAGACCGAGAUGGACUUUUUGGAAGGUCAUGGUAUAAGCAUUUGAUUUAUGCACCAUCAAAGCACGACGAUUAUGGGUCUAAAUCCUUCCCUGGGAUAGAUGAUUCCAUUGAGAAAGCCAAGAGCAUAAACACAACAGGAUCGUGGCAUUUGGUACAACAUGAAGUUUGGAGAGUUUCGAGGGCUGUCACGCAUGCAUCGCUAGUCCUCAUUGGUGAAUUAACAUGACCAUUUGUAACAUUGUCACUCGCCAUUUCGUUCAUGCUUUCCUUGUUAAGAGUUGAAUCAAAUUUCCAAAUGUUUUUACAAGUGAAACUUUCUGAAAAUUCUGGCAAAGAUAAUAAAGGGCCUUAGUUUCAAGAUCUUAUGGACGACAAAAAAUAAGGUUGCUGAAAGGUUCUCCCCUGGAUUAUAUCAAACAUUUGGAACCCCGACAAAGGUGGCAAAUCUAACAACAUGAGUACAACCAAUUUGGUAAAUGUCAUGGACAAAAGGGUUGAUAGGUGAUUACAUCAUAUUUUAACACUUCAGCAAGUGUACAUAGUAUUCUUUGAUAUGUUGCUGUAGAAGACAUUCAGAAAUCUGAUACCAGAGUAUUUUAAA